CCUUGAUAUCGCCCACUACUCUUCUGUCCAAGUAUCAGUUGACCUUUCAGUGAAUAUUUCGCAUUGCUGCGUUCGCUCUUUUCUCUGCAUUUCUUGACCCUCGCAUACUCCUCGCGAUCCUCCUCUUGACCCCGAAAGCAACGUCGCUCCAACGUCUGUGGCUCAUUCUAAGCUGCUGGAUAAACGCCAAAACACCCCAGCCUUCCCCGGAAACUGCUGCGACACGACCUUUCGAUGAGCUCUUGACCUGCGACGAAUCGACAUUCGAGCCGGAAUUCUAUUCUUCACCACGAAACUGCAUACGCAGAGCGGCUGACCCGACGGGCCCAUGCGCAAACGCGAGCUACUAUUGCCAUCUCUCCUUUUGAAUCUUGGGUGAGGUGUCGAGUCACUCCACACUUGUCGAGUCCCCCGCGCCACUACGAUCGCAAAUCGCACCAACCCAUCCCUUCGCGCUCACUCGACGGCCGAUGAGCUGGUCUAGUCGCUUGAUACACCCCCCACCAUCGAUAAAGACUGCCGAAAAGCGCCACCUGCUGCCGUGCUGCUCGCCGGCGCAGUUAUCAAAACCACCCCCAAAUCUAUAACCAACCAUCAGACUGACAUACCCCUGCCGGGAUGUUUACCCAACACUCCGGGCAAGGUCAACAUGCCCGGAUCAAUGGCGCCGGGCGAGGCAUGCCCAACCUGCUGUACAACUUCCAACACUCUCAACAUCAACACCCUUCUCAGACCCAACACCACCAGGGGCUUCAGCAUGACCAUGGCAUGCCCAACGCCAAUGGAUUGAGCCACCACUCGAGCUUCGCCUCCGGCGUACUCUCAAACUCGAGUCCUUUCAAUACGAACGCUCUCCAGAAUGGCCAUUCGGCAACAGGGCGAGGACAAGCACCCCCGAACGAGAUGUGGCAGGAGCAAUUGAGGAUGCACAAGGAGGCUGAGCGAGCGCAUGCUGCCAUGACCGAUCAACAACAACCGCACUACUAUGCUAGGCUCAAGGCGUCGGAAAACAGAGGCAUUGGCGGCCCUCCACCCACCACCUUGCGCGCCCAGGCGGAUAGCGAGAACGAUAGUGUUGACCGACGGCGUCCCGCGCCUGUGGAGAAGGAGACCCGGCGCCAGGAUUGGCAUAAUAUGGACAUGAGCGGCCAGGGUCUGCGAAACUUGGCACCAGAGCUGUUCAGGUAUCAGUUCCUGAACGAGCUAUACAUUGCUUCAAACAAGCUCACUCGACUUCCCAAUGCCAUUGGAGAGCUACGCCAGUUACGCCAUCUUGACGCCUCCUUUAACCAGAUUUCAGAGAUCCCCCCUGAAGUCGGAAUGUGUACCUACCUGAAGCAGCUGCUGCUAUUCAACAACAAUAUCCAGACAUUGCCUUUUGAACUGGGAUCGCUCCACCUUCUUGAGAUGCUGGGCAUCGAAGGAAACCCCCUGGAACAUGACGUGAAGCAGGAGAUUAUGGAGAAGGGAACAAAGAGCCUGGUCAAUGCACUGAGAGAAGGCGCUCCGAUUCCCCUGGCUCCUGCACACCGCAAGCCCAUCGUCAUCCAGGAAGACGUGUCACCCAACUUGGAAAAGAUCAAGGUUUUCUCAUGGAACAUUCUCUGCGACAAGUACGCGACUCCACAGACAUACGGCUACACCCCCACGGGUGCCCUCAACUGGGAGUAUCGCAAGGACUGUAUCUUGGAGGAGCUUCGAAUCCGCGACGCAGACUUUCUUGCUCUUCAGGAGGUCUCCACGGAUGCGUUCAAGGAGGAUCUCAGCCCCGACCUGGCGCAAAUGGACUACAAGGGUGUUCACUGGCCCAAGUCCCGAGCAAAGACCAUGUCAGAAAAGGAUGCCCAGUCUGUGGAUGGAUGUGCCGUCUUUUACAAGCAGAGCAAGUUUAUCCUGCUGGAUAAGCAGUUGAUCGAGUUUGCUACUAUUGCUAUCAACCGACCCGACAUGAAGAACCAGCACGACGUCUUCAACCGUGUGAUGCCCAAGGACAACAUUGCCGUCAUCUGCUUCUUUGAGUCACGGCUGACAGGAGCGCGCAUCAUCUUGGUCAACGUCCAUCUCACCUGGGACUCUGCGUUGGCCGAUGUCAAGGUUAUCCAGACGGGUAUCCUGAUGGAGCACGUUACCAAGCUCGCCGAGAAGUAUGCUAGGUGGCCAGCGGUGAAGGACAAGAAGAUGAUUGUUCUGCCAACGGACGAUGAGGUUCCCACGCCCCAAAUCGAACCGGGCCCCAGCCAAGAGUACCGGGUCAACACAGAGAUACCUCUUUUGGUUUGUGGUGAUUUCAACUCGACUGAAGACUCUUCGGUGUACGAGUUGAUGUCCAUGGGCCGAGUACCUCCGGAUCAUCUCGAGUUGAGCAACUUCCAGUACGGAAGCUUCACACGAGACGGUAUCGAGCAUCCCUUCAGCCUCCGAGACGCCUACGCCCACACCAAGCACACGGCUGAUGAGAUGCCGUUCACCAACUACACGCCAGGCUUUGCUGACGUGAUUGACUAUAUCUGGUAUUCGACCAACACACUCGAGGUGGUGGACCUUCUCGGACCCCCUGACCCCGAAUAUCUUAAGCGAGUGCCUGCGUUCCCCAACUGGCACUUCCCGGCGGAUCACAUCCAGAUCAUGUCCGAAUUUGUGAUCAAGGGGCGCAAGGAGAAGAAGCACCUGCCGGACCGAGAACCCGAUUUUGGAGGCGGCUCCAGCGGACCACGAGGCUAGCAGCCGAGCCGGUAGCGCCCAAAAGCUCACCAAGGCCAAAAUUGCUCGGACUCGUCCGGACAGUUGAUGCCCAUACCAUCUGGAUGUAGUGUUUUUGGUUUUGCGAAACAACACACGGAGUUUUAAGGAUCUUGCACGGUUCUUGGGGCGGUGGACGGGACGGGGGUAUUGAUGCAUGGCGAUGUAUCCGAUGGAAUGUAUAUGCAGCGGAGAUAGAGGAAGCGGUUUGGGGGAAGCGAGUUGGGAGGAACUGUAGGAAUUGAUUCAUCAUGCUCUUUUGCGACUUCAAACUGGGUCUUGCUGCCACUUUGUGAUUGUAGCCCUGCGUUGUGACUGCUCGAGGAUGUUUGCCAAUUCAUUUGGGUUUGAGGCGAUGCCUUGCGUGUGAUGGAUGUCAGUGGUGUUGGCGUGGUCUUGGGGCGGUCGUAUAAGGAGAAGUCUCCAGUGAGUCUCAUCGUGGUCUUGAAGCGAGCAGAUGGUCUAGUGUCCUUUAAGGUCUCCUCUCAGUUCACAUUACGCUUG